CGUGCUUUUUAGCUUCUAUCAUGGAGUCAAAAAAACGACACUGAUUAGUUACUAUAAAAACAAAACAGUGAUGUAGUAAUGAAAAUCAAUCACUUUUUCAACAUGUCAAACGUAGUUGUUUUGUUUCUCUUCCUUGUCUCAAUCUUCCAAUGCUUUCACGCCACCAAUUCCCACUCUGGCAUCCGCCUCCCGAGUCAACUCCACCGUGAUUCAUCGUUGGUGAGCUGUCCGGCACCGGACGCUAGUCUUUACUACCGUCCGGUUAUUGGAAUUGUCAGUCACCCCGGCGAUGGUGCCUCCGGUCGACUCAGUAAUGCAACUGGAGCUAACUAUAUUGCUGCUUCAUAUGUUAAAUUUGUUGAAGCUGGUGGUGCUAGAGUUGUUCCACUUAUAUAUACUGAGCCAUGGGAGAUCCUUCGCAAGAAACUCGAGUUGGUAAAUGGAGUUCUCUUCACUGGUGGAUGGGCUAAAGAAGGUUUAUAUUUUGAAACCGUUAAAAGGAUAUUUAAGAUUGCUUUAGAGAAAAAUGACGCUGGAGACUAUUUCCCAGUAUAUGGUGUCUGCUUAGGUUUCGAACUUAUAUCAAUGAUCGUAAGCGAGGACAAUGAUAUUCUUGAAGAAUUUAGUGCAAGAAGUCAGGCAAGUAGCCUUCAAUUUGUGGAGAAUACGAAAAUAGAAGGAUCUGUAUUUCAAAGAUUUCCUCCAGAUUUAUUAAAGAAGCUGAGUACAGAUUGUCUUGUCAUGCAAAAUCAUCGUUAUGGCAUAUCCCCAGGAAAGCUCCUGAGCAAUCAAAAGUUAUCUAGUUUUUUCGAGAUCUUGACAAUUUGCUCCGAUGAAGAUGAUAAGGUUUAUGUUUCCACAGUACGUUCACGUAACUAUCCCGUGACUGGCUUCCAAUGGCAUCCAGAGAAAAAUGCCUUCGAAUGGGGACCAAAAAGUAUUCCACACACGGAGGAUGCCAUUCGAACGACUCAGUAUAUUGCAAAUUUUUUGGUCAGUGAAGCGAGGAAAUCCUUAAACAGACCAGUUGCUCAAGAUGUGUUAGACAAUCUCAUUUACAAUUACAGACCCACUUAUUGUGGGUAUGCAGGGAAAGGAUAUGAUGAAGUUUAUAUAUUUGAAUAACUCUAAAUGAUGGAGAUAUCAUUGCACAUGCAAAGUUGACGUAUGUCUGUCAAAUAAUAAGGGAAAUGCUAACUAGUGUCUCGGGGCACUAGCAUGGCCCUAAUAAUAAUUGUAUUGGUGUUGUGCGAACUUGGGACCACGUUAAACCCGAAAUUUGUAGCUUUCUGGUUGAACGUGCAUCCAUUAUUAUGCUUCUUGUAGGAAAGGAUAUGAUGAGUAUGUACUAUGUAUCCAUUAUUAUGCACAAUAAUUGUUGUAUGGUAACAUUGUACCAAAAGAUGUGCUGAUUAUUAGCUCUUUAUAUCAUCAAUGCAUGGCAGAAGAUGACUUGUUGGAAAAUAA